AUGGCCCUCCCGACACUGCCCUCCCGCUGGUGCAGCCGGAGGCCCCUGGAUCAGCAGGCUGCCUGGCAGCGGCAGCGGGAGCAGGAGGCGCGGCUUCGGCAGCAGUGGGACCAGAACAGCCACUACUUCAGGACAUCCGACAUCCGUGCCUCCAAACAGGCCGAAUGGAGCUCCAGCACCUCCUACCUGCGCAGCAUGCACGCCUACCAGCGAGAGAAGGUGAAGGAGGAGAAGAGGAGGAGUCUGGAAGCCCGCCGGGAGAAGCUCCGGCAGCUGAUGCUGGAGGAGCAGGACCUGCUGGCCCGAGAGCUGGAGGAGUUGCGGCUGAGCAUGAACCUGCGGGAAAGCAGAAUCCGUGAGCGGCACGGGAACCUGAGGUCUGCCAGGGAAGAGCAGAGGAAGCUGAUGGCUGAACAACUCCUCUACGAACAUUGGAAAAAGAACAAUCCCAGACUUCGAGAGAUUGAGCUGGACCUUCACAGGAAACAUGUGGUGGACUCUUGGGAGAUACAGAAAGAAGAAAAAAAACAGGAAGAGGCCAGCAGAGAGCAAGAAGAGAAACGGCAUGAAAAUGAGUACGAGACGGCCCGGAGGGAAGCGAUGGAGCGGAUGAAAGCGGAACAGGAGAGGAGGCAGCUGGAGGACAAACUCCAGGCCGAGGCGCUGCUCCAGCAGAUGGAGGAGCUGAAGCUGAAGGAGCUGGAGGCGAGCAAGCUGAAGAAGGAACAGGAGAACCUGCUGAGGCAGCGCUGGGAGCUGGAGAGGCUGGAGGAGGAGAGGAAGCAGAUGGCGGCCUUCCGGCAGAAGGCAGAGCUGGGGCGCUUUCUGCGACAUCAGUACAACGCCCAGCUCAACAGGCGCGCCCAGCAGAUCCAGGAGGAGCUGGAGGCAGACAAGCAGAUCCUGCAGGCGCUCCUGGAGAAGGAGGAUGAGGACCAGCGCUUGCAGCUGGCCAGGCGCGAGCAGGCCGUGGCCGACGCGGCCUGGAUGAAACAGGUCAUUGAGGAGCAGCUGCAGCUAGAGAGGGCGCGGGAGGCAGAGCUGCAGAUGUUGCUGAGGGAGGAGGCCAAGGAGAUGUGGGAAAAGAGAGAGGCCCAGUGGGCUCGAGAGCGCAGCGCACGUGACCGGCUCAUGAGUGAGGUCCUAGCGGGGAGACAACAGCAAAUACAAGAAAAGAUUGAACAAAACCGACAGGCACAAGAGGAAUCCUUGAAACACAGGGAGCAGCUCAUUCGCAGUCUCGAGGAGGCCAGAGAGUCAGCCCGCCGUGAGCAUGAGCAAAGCAAAGAACUGAAGUCGGCCAGGAAGCAAGAGCUGGAAGCUCAGGUGGCAGAGCGCCAGCUGCGGGCGUGGGAAGCCAACCAGCAGGAGGAGGAGGAGGAAGAGGAGGCCAGGCAGGCAGAGCAGCUCUGUGACACCUUACUGCGGCAGGAGGCCAAGAUGAUGGCCGAACAUGGCUACCGGCCCAAGCCUCACGGACAUCCCAGAAUUGCUUGGGAUUGACGUGGUUGGUACCAGACGCUCAGUCGCACAAGGAUCCUGAAGACCUCAAAACAAAGGCGCCGGGCAGGUGGCCCUGGUGCUGUCGUCAUCGGGGCUCGGCCCUGCCUGUGCACAGGGCAGUCAGUGUUGGCCGCAUCAGGGUUGGAGCAAACAUGGGAUGUGGGGAUGUACAGCUCCCAGGAGGGGGUCUGCAGUGGUAGCCAAUAUUCUUGUCACAUGCUUAUAAAUACUGUAAGCUUUCCCAGUCCACACAAAGAUCUGUACGUCGUAUUCCAUGACCAGGGUGGUGGUUUCCUGGUAGCUCACCCUUGGCUGUCACCCUCUGUGAAGUGUGCAGCCAGAGGUCGGAGACACAUUUCUCAAGAUUAAUUCAACAUCCAGUGUAUUCAGAAAAUAUUCUUGUAGGGCUUCAGUACAGUUUAUUUCAGGGCUUAGAAUUUUAGGUGUUCCCAAAGGACCAAAUCUUUUGUAUUCUGCAUGAAAACAACAAACAAAAAAACUGGAUACAAAUCAGAAUCCUGGAACAGUCUGAUGUGAUCCAGGGAUGCUUUCUGGAAAGGUGGUGAGCGAUAUAUCUUUCUUCAGGAAGCUUUCAGGGAGCCUUUCCCUGAGUCGGGGGCAGUGACCUAACCUGGAAGGCAGUUCCACUCGUGAGCAUGACCCUCGCAGCCCCAGUACCUGGGGAAGGCUGUGGCUCUGAGCAGCUUCCAGGGACUUUGGAGCCAAAGGAAGGAGCACUGAAUCUGAAGAAAUGAGAUCGAACUCCAAAUCACCAUUGACCGGAAAUGUCUCUCCCACCACUGUAUCAGUGUGACAUAGUUCUAGAUGAAUGCCUAGAAAUGGCUACAAGAUCCUUGCUGUAAUAAUCGUAUUUUUGACUUGUUUUUUAGUUUGUUUUAAUACUCUUCCUCUGAGGUUUCAGCGCUUUAUAGUCAAGAUCACACUUCUUAGUACAUUGCAGAUAAUUAUGGGGUGUUCUGUGGUUAUUAAAAAGCAGUUUGCUAAAAUUCCUGAGUAUAAGGGCUGUGUUACCUUUCACUUCCAUUGUGCUGUAAGAACACAGUGAGCCACAAACUGCAUCCAUAAUCUGUUUUUCAUUUGCCUGACUUCAUUCUCUUUGGAGAUGGUCCCUGAAGGAUCCGUGUUUCUCUCACGUCACCCUCAUUCCCUGGGAGUCGCAGCUCUGCUCUGAGGACAUGGCUCGUCAGCUGGAGACUUUCCUAAUUCCCACUGCAGGACUGAACCUGCAGCUCCUGUAGCUCUGGAUCUCGCUCACGACCCUGUUUGGUAGAUGGUGCUCCCCUCUUGGUACCCUUGGGACCACAGGAAGUGCUAAGCAGUCCCAUGCUGUCCAAAUACCAGCAGAGCCCAUGUGAACAGGGUGU